AUGGCGAUGAAUACAAAUACCCAGAAACCGAUACACAGUAUUGUACUCGAUGCGGGACCUAUUAUAAAGAAUGAACCUUCCGUGUCGACCCUCCUCGGACAAGCCGAGGAGCUCUACACUAUCCCCGCAGUCAUCGACGAAAUUCGAGACCCCGUCACCAGAGCGCGAGUCGAGACGACCUUGAAACCAUUCAUAAAAUGCAGGUCGCCGACGCCGGCGAGUAUAAAAGUCAUCACCGACUUUGCAAGGAGGACGGGAGAUUUGGAGGUGCUCAGUCGGCCUGACAUUCAUCUCAUGGCGCUCGCCUAUGAACUUGAAUGUGAAAGGAAUCAUGGCGACUGGCGAUUACGAAGCGUACCUGGUCAAAAGCGACUCAACGGAAAUCCACCUGCACCAGCAGAGGAGUUGGCUCCUGAGAAGCAAGAAACACAGACAGAAGGCAUCGAGAAGCAGCUCGCGGAGUCUCAUAUAUCUUCUGAUGCAGGGCAGCAGGUAGUGGGAGAGGCUUCUGCAGAAGAGCAACUACCUAAAGACGUUUCUCACGCCGACGAAGGAAACAGUCUUCCCGAUCCAGUUGAAGAAAUACAAGCCUCCGAAUCAGAUGACACAGAUGACGAAGGGUGGAUCACGCCGAAAAAUCUUAAGAAAUAUCAGGAAAAAGACUUGAACGGUUUGGUGGAGCGCGAGGAAGAGGUUAAGACGAUACAAGUUGCAGUUAUUACAUCCGAUUUCGCGAUGCAGAAUGUUCUUUUGCGAAUGAACCUAAAUUUGUGUUCUUCAACCCUCCAACGGAUCCGGCAGCUCAAGACUUGGGUUCUGCGUUGCCACGCGUGCUUUUAUAUUACCAAGGAUAUGAGCAAACAGUUUUGCACCCGGUGUGGUGGGCCUACUCUUCUCCGGACAUCUUGCUCUACCGACAAGAAUGGCAACUUUAAGGUACAUCUGAAAAAGAAUAUGCAAUGGAAUACCCGAGGGAAUGUUUAUAGUGUUCCAAAGCCUGUUGCUGGAACAUCGAAUGGCAAAAUGGUAGCCGGAGGUGGAAAAGGCGGUUGGGGUCAAGGCUUAAUAUUGGCUGAAGAUCAAAAGGAAUAUGUGGCAGCCAUGACGAGCGCUCGAAGAAAGAAAGACAAAGACCUUAUGGAUGAGGACUAUCUUCCUAAUAUCUUGUCUGGAGACCGGGGACGCGCGGGUGGGAGACCCAAAGUAGGAGCCGGGAGGAAUGUGAAUUCAAAGAAAAGAAGGUGA